CACACACACACACACACACACUCAGCCGGAGAGGUGUUGCGCUCAGAGAAGCGUGCGCCAGGCAAAGUGACGUCACAACCAGCAUGGCGGCCAAGGUGCAGUCCACAAAACGAGCCAACCCAAAUGAACUUAAAGAAAUAUUCCUGAAGCAUGCAAGUGUAGUGGAUAAGGAUGGGGAGCAUUUCAUGACUCCAAAAGACUUUGUGCAGAAUUAUUUGGGACUCCACACUCAACCUAACCACAAUCCCAAAACUGUACAACUCAUUGCUGGGGUUGCUGAUACCACUAAAGACGGACUGAUCUCUUUCCAGGAGUUUCUGGCCUUUGAAUCAGUCCUCUGUGUUCCUGAUGCACUUUACCUGGUUGCGUUUCAGUUAUUUGACAAGACUGGAACUGGGGAUAUAUCUUUUGAAAAUGUACGUGACAUCUUCAGCCAGACAACUGUUCACCAUCAUAUCCCCUUUAAGUGGGACUGUGAAUUUAUCCAUCUGCACUUUGGACAGGACCUCAAAAAGCACCUCAGCUACUUAGAAUUCACCCAGUUUCUACAGGAGCUGCAGCUAGAGCAUGCCCGACAGGCUUUUGCAAUGAAGGACAAGGGAAAGAGUGGGAUGAUUUCAGCCUUAGACUUCAGUGACAUCAUGUCCACUAUCCGCCAUCACAUGCUUACCCCGUUUGUUGAGGAGAACCUUGUCUCAGUUGUGGGAGGAGGCACCACUCACAUGGUUAGCUUCUCCUUCUUUAAUGCCUUUAACUCCCUCCUCAACAAUAUGGAGAUCAUUCGGAAAAUCUACAGCACGUUAGCCGGCACACGCAAGGACACACUCGUCACCAAAGAGGAAUUUGUUCAUGCGGUAAACAAAUUUGGUCAGAUCACACCGAUGGAGGUAGACAUCCUGUACCAGCUCUCUGGCCUCCAUACUCACUCAGGAUGGCUGAACCUGGCUGAUAUUGAUAGGAUAGCUCCUCUGGAAGAAGGCGCUCUGCCUUAUCACCUAGCUGAAGUGCAGAGGCAGCAUACAGACAUCUCGAGGCCGUUCUGGCUCCAGGCUACUGAGUCUGCGUACCGCUUCACUCUAGGCUCCAUCGCGGGAGCAACGGGUGCCACAGCCGUGUACCCCAUCGACCUGGUGAAGACACGAAUGCAGAACCAGAGAUCCUCUGGCUCCUUUGUGGGAGAGCUCAUGUAUAAAAACAGCUUUGAUUGUGCCAAGAAAGUGCUUCGAUAUGAGGGAUUAUUUGGUUUCUACAGAGGUCUGUUGCCACAGCUGAUCGGAGUGGCUCCUGAGAAGGCUAUCAAACUCACUGUCAAUGACUUUGUGAGGGAUAAAUUCACCAAUAAAGAUGACUCCAUUCCACUGGUUGCAGAAGUGCUAGCAGGAGGCUGUGCCGGAGGCUCUCAGGUGAUCUUCACCAACCCAUUGGAGAUCGUGAAGAUCCGUCUGCAGGUGGCAGGUGAGAUCACGACUGGACCACGUGUCAGUGCUCUCACUGUGAUGCGAGACCUUGGAUUCUUUGGACUGUACAAGGGAGCAAAGGCCUGCUUUCUGAGAGACAUUCCCUUCUCUGCUAUCUACUUCCCUGUGUAUGCUCACUCCAAGGAAUGUCUAGCUGACGAGGAUGGCAGACUGGGGGCAUUACAGCUUCUCCUCGCUGGAGCUAUCGCAGGUGUCCCUGCUGCCUCUCUGGUGACUCCUGCUGAUGUGAUCAAAACACGUCUGCAGGUGGCAGCCCGCGCAGGCCAGACCACAUACAGCGGUGUGAUCGACUGCUUUAGGAAAAUCCAGCAAGAAGAGGGUUUCAGAGCAUUUUGGAAGGGAGCAGGAGCGCGUGUGUGUAGGUCCUCCCCUCAGUUUGGUGUUACACUGCUCACUUAUGAACUCCUACAGAGAUGGUUCUACAUCGACUUUGGGGGACACCGUCCUACGGGAUCAGAUCCUACACCGAAAUCACGCAUUUCUGAGCUUCCUCCCCUGAGCGCCGAACACAUCGGAGGUUACCGAUUGGCUGCUGCUACAUUUGCAGGUGUAGAAAGCAAGUUUGGUUUGCACCUGCCGAAGUUCAAAUCAUCCGAGAGUGUAACAGUAAAGGCAGCUCCUACAGAGCAUCCGGCUGUGGCCUCGUAGAGCUCCAUUCAGCCCAGAGAUCAACCAUCAGGUGCCUUAAUGACGUUUAGUUUCUCUGUGGUCUCCUCAUCCAAACUCAAACCAUAACCUUUAGAUGCAGUGACACGCCUCUCAUUUCAACUGAAGUUGUUUUGAUUCUCAAUCUCGCUACAUGAAUAUUUAUUACUCUAUUUAUUUAUUACUCCCUGUGAGGCUUGUGUAAGUGUUCAGGCAUGCAACACGAAAAAUGAUAUAGUGUAGAACUUGGAAUUGCUUCUGUAAUCAAAAUGGAGGGAUGUAAUUACUCUUACUGGCAACGCUGUCAGGGUGUAUUUUAAUUCAAAAUGGAACAUGAAAAUGUUUGGAAAAAUAUUGCAAAUAAUUGAAAGUAUUUUAUUUCAAAUAAAAUGUAAUGGUUUAUUUUA